UUUUGAGUUAUUUGUGAAGUUCUCAUAUUAUAAUGUUUUUCUUUUUAUGCUUCAUAUUUUAAGUGUAUGUGAUUGGAUCAAUUGUUUUAUUGCCUUUUCACGAACUAAAUUUGAGAUAUGGCUUUACAGGUAAUUAUGGGAACCAAAUUGAGAGCUGUUGUGGUAUCAUUGUUCCUAUCAUCCCUGCUUUUUCCUCUGGUCUUUUCUGCAUCUAACGACGGCUUGGUUAGAAUUGGACUAAAGAAGAUGAAAUUUGAUCAAAACAAUCGGCUUGCUGCACGGCUCGAGUCCAAGGAAGGAGCGGCACUAAAAGCGUCAAUUAAGAAGUAUAAUCUUCGUGGUAAUCUAGGAGAAACUGAGGAAGGAGACAUUGUAGUGCUAAAGAAUUACAUGGAUGCUCAGUACUUUGGUGAGAUUGGAAUUGGUACACCCCCACAAAAGUUCACUGUGAUCUUUGACACCGGCAGCUCUAAUUUGUGGGUGCCAUCAUCGAAGUGUUAUUUUUCGUACAAGUCAAGCCUAUCAAGUACCUACAAGAAGAAUGGGAAACCUGCUGAAAUUCACUAUGGCACGGGGGCCAUAUCUGGAUUCUUUAGUGUAGACAAUGUCAAAGUCGGUGACUUUGUUGUCAAGGAUCAGGAAUUUAUUGAGGCCACCAGGGAGCCCGGCAUAACAUUUUUGGCUGCCAAGUUUGAUGGCAUUCUUGGUCUUGGAUUUCGUGAGAUCUCAGUUGGAGAUGCUGUCCCAGUCUGGUACAACAUGGUCGAACAAGGUCUAGUUAAGGAAGAGGUAUUUUCAUUUUGGCUUAACCGAAAUGCAGAUGAAGAAGAAGGGGGUGAAAUCGUGUUUGGUGGGGUUGAUCCAAAUCACUACAGGGGUAAGCACACAUAUGUCCCAGUGACAAAGAAAGGCUAUUGGCAGUUUGAUAUGGGCGAUGUGCUCAUUGAUGACAAACCAACUGGUCACUGUGAUGCUGGUUGUUCUGCAAUUGCAGAUUCUGGAACUUCUUUGUUAGCUGGUCCAACGACCGUGAUCACCAUGAUAAAUCAUGCUAUUGGAGCCACUGGAGUUGUUAGCCAGGAAUGCAAGUCAAUAGUUGAACAGUAUGGGCAAACAAUCAUGGACUUGCUAUUAUCAGAGGCACAACCAAAGAAGAUAUGCUAUCAAAUUGGAUUGAGCAGCUUCGAUGGAACUCAUGGUGUCAGUAUGGGCAUUGAAAGUGUAGUCGAUGAGAAGAAUGGAGGCAGAUCAGCUGGUUUACGUGAUGCUAUGUGCAGUGCUUGUGAAAUGACAGUUGUAUGGAUUCAAAACCAGCUUAGACAGAACCAGACCCGACUUCAAAUAUUGAACUAUGUCAAUGAGCUUUGUGAUCAACUUCCUAGCCCGAUGGGGGAAUCAGCUGUUGAUUGUGAAAACCUAGCAAUAGGUUAG